CGUCACACUGCCUCGCAGGUCCAACAGUGAAAAACGAUCCAGUGCGAUUUGACGUCGAAGACAGAGAAAAAAAAUGCAGCCGAGCGUAUAACACGAGAAUGACCUAUCCGGAAUGCGCAAUCGAAGAGGGUCGAUUGAUUGGCCAUUUAGAAUUUUUGUCUCUGAUCCGGAGUGCAUCGUGGAGUGUUCGGAGUAUCGACUGUGCUUGAUAACGGGCGAAAUUAAAUCCUUAUAAAGUUUUGCCCAGAGAGACCCGUAAACGCGAACAUUAAGUCGCCCAAGUGGCGUAAGUCGCGCAUUAGCAAUUUAACGGGGACUGCCUACCGGGACGAUGCAAAUCCAGCUAAGUAAGUAGAGGGAACAAGUAGUAUUAAGUAGAGUAGGUGGGUGGGUAGUCGGACAUACGAAUUCGAGGGGUAUAGCGAAGCUAGGGGCGGUAUGAGCCAACCAGUGCCAAAAGGAGGUGUAACGACCCCGAUGUGGGUAGGAAGGAGAGAAAAGCCCCGAAAAAAAAGGAAGGAAGAAGUGAGGGUGAGGUUAUACGCGGUUAUCCUAUGAGGAAGGGGUGGCUUGGGAAAGGGGUAGGGAGUCCAGGUGGUGGAUAGGCGAGGAAGGCGCUGGGGCUGAGAUGGAGGUGGCGGAGGAGGCGAGGGGCAAGCAUAACAGAGCCCAAGCAACGUACUACCCGCGAUCCGCAUUGCAUCCGAGCGCCAAACUACCCCCGUUCGAGCGUGCGGCAGAAAGUGGAACUACUCGUAGCCCAAGAGCCACAGUUGGUUGCGGGCUCUCGCCCUCAGAGGACAUCGGGAACCCCGUCACUUUAACGAGUCCAACUCGUCCUCGUAAACAUUUUAGUUUUUCGUUUCUCCGUGGUCACGCGGGCUAGCGACACUUCCGGUUCCCUCCAUCGAAUCAGCAAAGAAACGACCCCCGUCCAAGGCGACCGGUACCUGAACUCGCUCUGACGUCAUUCCGUCUAUCCCGCGUUUUGGCUCCCUCGACUCUUUCCUUGCUUUCAUCUCUGUCAUCCAGAGGAGAUCAUCCUACCCCGGGGUUCACCUCGUCAUCCUCGUCGCUCGAUCUUCCAUCCCCUUCAUCUCAUCAUCGAAGACAACCCCGGACGGGUCAGUCCCAAAAAUACCCAGGGGACACGACCGUCGCUCGGAUCCCUUUUAUCCCUUGACACUCAAAAUCGUCCCGAGGGUCCGAUUCCUUCCUGCCUUCCGCUUAGUCGCAACCGGAUGACGCGUUCUCAGCGUCAGAGACAGGAGCCAGUGUCGCGAGUAGGAAACAAAGAGACCAGAGGCCGAAGCUCGGCGCUGCCGGUGCCACGGACGGAUGGUUAAUCGCAACUGGCAUAAGCGCCGAGGUUAGCGGAUCGUUAAAGUGGCGGCGGUACACGCGGGCCCGACGUACCGGGUGUCUCGAGAGAACGCGGAGCUGACCUCGUAACGUCUAAUCUAAUGUCUAAGGUCGCACGAUUAUAUCUCGUGAGACAUCUAACUUCUCUGUGAUCACCUAAUACACUUAAGCAAUACUAAACGGAAGCAAUCGUAAAGUGCAUUUAACGGCCGGGUCUAAGCAGUCGGCACUUUUCCAAACGCGCCAGUUCGUACUCACGUAGGUACGGGUAGAGGCUGUCUAUAUUUCUGUAGACAAGUAUACGUGCGCGGCCCUCGUGAGGUAAUGCGCGCGUAAAGAAGAAAAAGGACCACGUGAGGUCGCGCGAGUUGAGCCAAGUGCAGGUAACAAUGGAACAGUGCACGAUCGUGAAAGGAGUGAAGCGUUAGGGAAAGAAAAAGUAAAAAGAACAAAGAAAAAAGAAAAGGGUAUCGUCGAGUCUUCUGUUAGAUGAGACAACAGUCAGCCGCAAGUCCUGACGACCAAGAGACACGACGACUUCCGGUCCUCGACGCGGUGUCCCUGGCUGAUACGUGGAGAAUGCAAAUAGCGUCAACGAGAAGUCCCGAAAGAUGUUUGGAGUGCGACCUCUUCAGGAAGGUCCUCAGGUGAGAGGCCGAUAAGGGAAGCGGGAGGCGAAGCACGUAGAAGCCGGAAGAGAUCAGGAAGCUAGCUCCAGCCACACGAGAAGGACGUAGGCGCGCGAGGUUCGUUGGCGUGAGCUCUUCAGGACUCUGGACCAGGUGAUGAUGAAUCGAUCGGAGGUCGUCGUCGUCGGAGUUGGCCCUUGGAGGCUUUCAAAAGAGACGAGGAAGUUAGGUGGUAACCAGAUAAAUGAUACGGCAGGGGAUGCUGAGGUCCAUCCGAUGUGCCAUAGGCUCCAGAGUAAAGAAAUUAUUGAUAAAGGUAUCGUCAACAUAUAAUACGACAAGACGCAAAUGCUCGUCAGAUGAAAAGUUCGGAAACCACGAACAGUUGGUUGCGUCGUGCAUUUCGUCCAAGGAUGAACCGUGGGGAGCAAGAGACUUUGUUCCGGCAGAGCCGGCAGCUCACGCAGAUAGUACCGUCUAGGGAUGAUCUGGUGCUCAGUGUACUAAAGGCACCGAUCAGUCAGCAGCAGCAGCAGCAGCAGCAACACCGUCAUCAGCAACAGCUGCAGCAGCAACAUCAUCACGCGCAGCAAGCUCAACGCCAGCAGCAGCAACAUCAUCAUCAUCACAUGCACCAUGUCAACUGUCAGGUUCUUCAUAAUCACAAGAGAUGCAGUCAUGCAGGUCAAGCUUACGGAAAAGACGGGGUCCGAGCCAAAGAGCCGACGUCCUCGUCGGCGUCGGAGAAGAGGUAUAGCGGAGCGGCGGUUGCGGCGUACGCGGCCCUUCAGGGUAGCGAGGACGAGCUCGUGGCCGAGGCCGAGGACGACGACGAUGAUGAUGACGAGGCCGAGGAGGACGCGGCCCUGAAAGCUGGUGGCAGCGAGACCGAGGACACGGAAAACGGUGGUACCUUGGAAGAGACUCCGGCCUCGACCUCGCCCUCGCCCUCGACCACCGCUCGACGCUUCACCUUCCUCCGUCGCUUCCGUUCGCCGCGCUUCGGCGAGGCGCAUCACAAGCGCGUCCCAACCCCAAUCAAGAGGAAGCAUCGCCGAAAAAAGAGCGAGGACGACAUCAUCGACAAUCAGGUCGAUGGAAUCGAGGAGGAGCCACCAAGUCCGGAACAACGUGGCGUUCCCGAUCCGUACUACCCGAUCUACCUACCCAUAGAUCAGGCCUUCAAGGCCAAGUACGUGUUCCAUCACAAGAAGGGCAAGACCUUCCAGGAGAGGCUCUACGUCUUCCUGGAACAUCCGGGCGGUUGGCUCUGCUUCAUCUAUCACUGUACCGUGUUCAUGGUGGUACUGGUGUGCCUGAUAUUUAGUGUACUCUCAACGAUAGACCAAUACAGUAACUUCGCGAACGAGACUCUCUUCUGGAUGAACUAUUUUCAGGAAAUAUGCCUGGUGGUGUUCUUCGGCGUGGAAUAUCUUGUGCGUCUCUGGAGCGCGGGAUGUCGCUCGAAGUACAUGGGAUGCUGCGGUCGUUUGCGUUUUAUACGAAAGCCGAUUUGCAUCAUAGAUCUGAUCGUCGUGGUGGCCUCGAUGGUGGUGCUCUCUGUCGGCAGCAACGGUCAGGUAUUCGCGACGUCAGCCAUACGAGGUAUAAGAUUCCUGCAGAUACUGCGUAUGCUCCACGUGGAUCGUCAGGGUGGCACGUGGCGACUCCUCGGUUCCGUGGUCUUCAUCCAUCGACAGGAGCUCAUUACGACACUCUACAUCGGGUUCCUAGGUCUUAUUUUCAGCAGUUACUUCGUGUAUCUUGCCGAAAAGGACGCUGUUGGACCCGAUGGAAAGACGGACUUCUCCAGCUACGCGGAUGCCCUCUGGUGGGGCGUGAUAACCGUGACGACCAUCGGCUACGGGGACACGGUACCUCAGACCUGGAUGGGCAAGAUAGUCGCCUCGUGCUUCAGCGUAUUCGCGAUAUCAUUUUUCGCUCUCCCGGCCGGUAUACUCGGCUCCGGAUUUGCCCUGAAGGUCCAGCAGAAGCAACGUCAGAAGCACUUCAAUCGCCAGAUACCGGCGGCAGCGAUGCUGAUCCAGUGCCUCUGGCGCUGCUACGCCGCCGACAAGGCCAUCAACAGCGUCGCCACCUGGAACAUCUACGUGAAGGACCCGACGCCGGCGGGCCAGCCGGCGACUCCACUGGGAAAGUUGAUUUGUGUAAAGAAGAUGUCUCUGAUGAUCCAGGUGGCAAAGAGAGCGAGCGUGCUGAAGAGACGAAAAUCACGAAACCGGAUGGACGUGCAGCAGUCCUCGGGAUCGCAGGCGCUGUCUGCCGGUCAGCAGUCUAUGAGCGUCGCGACGGUAUCGGCGUCGGCGGCCACCGGCAACGUGACCGGAGGACCUAACGAUCAGUGCCGCGAGAACGAGGGCGACGUCGUGUUCUACAUGGAGGAGCCCAAGGCCGAUACUCCGAAUCGCGCGAGACGCGACAAUCGAGGGAGUCUCUUCACCUCGCAGACGAGUUCCGUGACGGAAGCCGCGAGCGACGAGAUCGACAUCGACAUCGAGGAACCGCAGAGGGUCACCACGCUGACCGAGGCGCACAGAAACGCCAUCAGGGCAAUUCGCAAGAUCAAGUACUUCGUAGCCAGGAGGAAGUUCCAACAGGCGAGGAAGCCGUACGACGUGCGUGACGUAAUCGAGCAGUACAGCCAGGGUCAUCUGAACAUGAUGGUCCGGAUCAAGGAGUUGCAGAGAAGAUUAGAUCAGACCUUGGGUAAGCCAGGUAGCUACCUGGCAGGAAUCGAUAGAGCUGGCAACGUAAAGCCAAUGACGAUCGGCGCGCGACUUUAUCGCGUCGAGCAGCAGCUCUCCGUCAUGGACAAGAAGCUGGACCAACUGGUCUACGUCCUGAACGCCGUGGCGCAGAAGCAGCAGAUACCGCUGAGGAGCAUCGAGGACGACGUGUAACAGAGAGCGACGGUGGUCGCGGUCGUCCUGCCACAGCUGACGAUAACGAACCCAACGCCGGAUCUGAUCAUCGUUCAGCGGGGCUCCCUGAAAACGUGGCUGAGCUCCGGGCGAAACGAGGUGCACCGGACCGGAAGUCCGGUAUCCGCGAUACGCACACGAUUCCCACGUAGCGUGGGCUCGGGAGCACGAGAGAACAGGACAUAGAGAGAGGGGAGAGAGAGAGAGAGAGAGAGAGAGAGAGAGAGAGAGAGUAAUUUUUUAAAAUGACGGUGAGGUGAAAGGAGAGGGAAUGGUCCAAGAGGAGAGAAAAGAGAAAAAAAGAACCAAGAACGACGCCGUUACGAGUGUAGGGUCCAAAGUGCGCAUAAUUAACGAGCAUAGCGUCGAAGCAUGAUGCACAGUUAACGAUAGAUAAUAAUUAUAAUAAUAACGGCAACAAUCGUAAAGCCUAAUCGUUAAGUAUACUUUUUAGCCUAAUCACUGCUUUAAGCCUGUACGGCGCGUCGACGCGCCGUACGCUCUAUGGUGCCUCUUCACUCGGUCUACUCCACUUUUGGUAGCCACCCCGUUAUAUCGCAGCUGCCGAUAUCGCGUGGCUGCCGGUAGUGUUCUUUUAGCAUAUCGAUAACAUUAAAGAGAAAACUAGCGAGAUCGGAUGACGCCGCUGGCUCCGUAGAGCGAAAACCGCGACGGUCGCGUGUUUAUUUUUCCGCGGCCAUUUUCGGGCACAACGGUCGCUAUUACGACGUGGAACGAUCGGUCGAUCCAACCGGAAGUCCCGGUCUCGAUUCCGUGCCUGGACACGUGGCCUUGAAACGAUCGAGUUACCGGGUGUACGAGAUAUCGAGCGAAAGAGAGAAAAGGAAUCUAAAGUGUGAACGCGAAUAGGAAGGAGAGAGUGAGAGGGAACGGGGGCCAACGAGAGACAAACGUGAAACGAGAGUGACCGGUUAUCGGUAACAGAUCUCGCGGGUAGGUAAUUGAGAUUACCCGCGAAAUUGGUAGAUCAGCCGCUUUCGAUCUGAAGUGAAACGAUCGUCCGGAAGAUCGACCGGAUCGUCCCGUGCGAAUUGAACGACGAGCGGCGGCGAAGUGUCUCGCGAUUAUGAGAUUACGAUACUCUUACGAGAAAAAAAAAAAAAAAGGAAUCUCGAAAGCAAGUAGUGUUCGUGAAUCGGCCGAAACAAAAAAUUUAAAAAAAAAAAAAAAAAAACAUUUUAACUCUAUCGCCAAUUUUUACUCUCUAACGCCCCUUUUUUUUUUUCUUCGACGCGCCUUCACCGCAGAACUCGGUUCAACUGUGCCGUUAGCCCAAUCGGGCACUUCCAUCUCGAAGAUAAACCGAGCUUACGCGCUGACCCGCGUUCGAAGGAAAACGUGCCUAAAUCGACUAUAUGCGCGCGCGUGCGCGCGCG